CAGACGCAGACGUAUAUAUUUACUUAAGGAAAAUAACAAAAUGCGUGCAAAAGAUACCCUUUGUGUUGUGCUUGCUUGGUUAAGCUGUGCUCUGGCUUAUCAAAAACAGAGCUGUAGCGACUGCGUCGGCUACCGAUCCUGUGCCGUUGCCGUGGCCCUUCUUGGGAUGAAGACUCAAGCUGCCGAUGAGAAGUUCAAGAGCGCUUUCUGCGGGUUUGAUGGAGCCAAGCUACCAAUGGUGUGCUGCUCCCAGCUCUCGACUGAAUCAACACCUGACGUGGAAAGCGUGGAAAACCACCCAAACCUCAAUCUGCUCCCAGACUCGUGUGGAAAGAUCAACGGCGACAAGAUCAUAGGAGGCAAAAUCGCGGGACUUUACGAUUAUCCGUGGAUGACACUCAUCUCUUACAAUACACGACUGGGGCCCCAGUUCGAAUGCGGCGGCAGCCUCAUCAAUGAACGCUACGUGCUGACAGCAGCUCACUGCAUCUCCAACUUAAAGCUGCUUGGCGUGAGGAUAGGAGAGAACGAUGUAGAAUCCAGCACGGACUGCCAAGGAGACCCUCCCACUCUUACUUGCGAAUCUAAGAUUCAGGUAUAUCUUCUCUCCCUUUCCUACUUUCUAUAUACAAAACUGACCCUGAAGGUACAUAGUCUCAUCAAUGAACGCUAUAUGCUGACAGCAGCGCACUGCAUCUCGAACUUAAAGCUGCUUGGCGUGAAGAUAGGAGAGAACGAUGUGGAAUCCACCACGGACUGCCAAGGAGACCCUCCCACUCUUACUUGCGAAUCUAAGAUUCAGGAUAUUCGUAUUGAGGAGUCCAUACCCCAUCCAGAGUACCAAGGCAAACCCAACGUCAAAAAUGAUAUUGGUCUUCUCAGGCUUAAAAAGCCAGUGGACUUAUCCUUCAAGAACGCCGAUAUAAUCUGCCUCCCGGUAUCCAGAGACCUACAGAGCCGUAACCUCGGUGGACUGAACGCUACUGUCGCUGGCUGGGGCUACACGGAGAAAGGCUAUAUAUCUUCGAAGCUGCUCACUGUAGACGUACCAAUACAUACUGCUGAUUCGUGCCGAGAAUUGUACAACAGAGGCCAAAAACCCGGUGACGAAGACCAGACGAUCAACAAGAUCUGCGCCGGUGAGAACGGCAAGGACUCCUGCGGAGGGGACUCCGGAGGCCCACUGAUGGUCAAGGGGGCCUACAAGAGCAACGGAGAACGUUUCAUUGAGCACGGCAUCGUGUCGUACGGGCCCAGGCUUUGCGGGUCCGACUUUCCUGGAGUGUACACCGAUGUUUCGAAGUAUAUGAAGUGGAUUUUGGAUAAUAUACGGCCUUGAGCUGUUUAAGAUUAUGUAAACUGCACGUCUCCU